AGCUGUGCCGUUGCAGAGUCGUCUGUCAGCUGUGUGCGUAUGAGUUAUCGAUUGUUGAUUGUAUAAGCACGUAGUUUAUAUUUGGGAAACUUAUUGUUAAUUGCAAUUAACCAUGGAAAGAUUAGUCUGUUCUAGCAUUAAAAUUAUGCAGAUACAGAUGCCGCAAAUGGCACCAAGAGCAGGCAUGUUGUUGCCGGGCGUGCAAAACAUGCUGCAAAUGCAGCAGGUGCGCCACCGACAAACUAAGCAUUGGAAACCGGAGUUUAAACGAUUGCGAAAGCAGAAAUUCGUUAAAAUUGAGCUACCCAAUUUGCGUGAAAAGGCCGAUGAUAUUAGCAAAGAGGAGAUGCGCAGUCGCAUGAAAGAGCGCGGAGUGCUGCCGCCCCGUCCAUGGAUGGAACGACCAUUUCACAUUAGUUGCACAGGCGGCAUCUUCGAGGCGUAUGUGCCACCCGAGGGUGAUGGCAAAAAGUCCAUUAUCUCAACGUCAGGUGCUAAGCAAAAAUUUGAAUUCCUAGAGAAGAAAUCCAAGAGUUUGAUGGCUGUGCGCAAAAUACGCUCAUACGAGGAGAAUUUCAGCACGGAUGACUUUGGUGCAGAGGCGCAAGAGAUUUAUAUUGCAGCACACACACAUAUGGCAGCCAAAGAGAAGUACAAAAUACGUGAAUUUGUCAGCGAACGUUGCUACCCCGAAAUGAUGCACAACGUCAAGGACAAGACAAUACAUUGGCGUUUCCUGCAAUCGUUGGAGCCGCCACGUGUUGUCCACGCUCGUGUCACCGAGGUCAUCACGAAAGAGAAUCAAUUUGCUCAGGUCACCGUCCGGUUCCACACUCAGCAGAUGUUGGCCAUCUAUGAUCGUUUUGGUCGUCUGAUGCAUGGUAGCGAAAUACUCACAAAAGAUGUGCUGGAGUAUGUGGUAUUCGAGAAGCACAUUUCCAAUGAGUAUGGCAAGUGGCGGCUGCACGACAAGAUCAUUCCCGAUUGGCUGCCACCCAAACAGCCAGCACUCAUAACAUACCGCAUUGCGGACGAACCCAUUGAAGAGACGCCCAAGGAGCUCAGUGCUGGUGAGCAGCAGACCAAGCAGCUGGAGUCGGGCAGCGAACAAGAGAAGGAACAACAACAGCUUAGCACAGUUGCAGCAACAUCUCAGCAGCCUGAGACGACGAACAAACCCACACUGGCCAUUUGAUUGUACUUUUUAUGGGCUGCUUGGCGGCUCAGAAAUUUACGCGUUAAUGUUAUUCAAUGAUUUCGAAGUGGCAAAUCCGAUACAUACACUUUACAUAUAAAAUUUAUUCGUCUUUUUAUUUUGUUUUUAUUUGUCAUUUUCACGGAAUUUUAAGUAUUCGUUUUCGAAAUCCUGCAUUCGGUAUCGGUUAACUGGAUCCAUGCAGUAUUGAAUGCAGGCUAUCCGAGUAUCAAAGCGAUUCGCAUUGCCUCCACAAGAGCUGUAAAUGAAUUCUAUGCAACUAUCCCGCACAAA